AUGAAGCUUCUUCUCCUGGGACUGUUGGCGGCCAUGCUGGUCUGGGGCCGGCAGACAAGAGCACAGAAAGCCAUAUGCUCUAAAUACGAGCAUGAUGAGAUCCGCUUGAGACUCAUGUACGGCACGAACUGUACCUCGUUCUGUCACUGCGCUACCUUGGCAACCCAUGAUGACGCAACGGUGACCUACUACUGGGAGAGACAAAACUGCUCGGCAGGCACCCAGUUUGAUUCGUCGAAAGGAGUUUGCAACCAUGUUGGCGACUUUGUGUGCGAAGCCAUAUGCUCUAAAUACGAGCAUGAUGAGAUCCGCUUGAGACUCAUGCACGGCACGAACUGCACCUCGUUCUGUCACUGCGCUACCUUGGCAACCCAUGAUGACGCAAAGGUGACCUACUACUGGGAGAGACAAAACUGCUCGGCAGGCACCCAGUUUGAUUCGUCGAAAAAAGUUUGCAACCAUGUUGGCGACUUUGUGUGUGAAGCCAUAUGCUCUAAAUACGAGCAUGAUGAGAUCCGCUUGAGACUCAUGUACGGCACGAACUGCACCUCGUUCUGUCACUGCGCUACCUUGGCAACCCAUGAUGACGCAACGGUGACCUACUACUGGGAGAGACAAAACUGCUCGGCAGGCACCCAGUUUGAUUCGUCGAAAGGAGUUUGCAACCAUGUUGGCGACUUUGUGUGCGAAGAUGGAUGGCUGACUCCAUCUGCACAAUCAUCGCAACAUACACCUACGACGCCUAUUGAUUGUUUGGUAUCGCAAUGGACGCCGUGGAGUGGGCCGUUGGGUUUCGGUCAGAUGACGAGAGAAAGGAAAAUUCUUCGCGUCCCAGCCAAUGGAGGGACCGCAUGCCCCGCCCAACUUGAAGAAGAGAAACAAUCAACUCAGAAACCGACCAUCCAAUCAACGGCGACCGCAAUGGUCAGUUACUUAAUAAGGCAGCCCAGUGUUAUUAAACGCGGUGAAGCUGUCGGUCAGUUGCGAGAUCUGCUUAUCAUAGUGGACUCUUCUGGAAGUAUCGGCCUCGCCUCUUUCGAGACCGCAAAGACGCAGCUUGCGCGACUCCUUGGCAUGUUGUGUCCUAUAUCAGAUCCAUUCGAUAGCCGAUUCCAACGCGCCGCACUGCUUGAGUACUCGUCAGACGUCAGGGAGAUUUUUGAUUUCGACGAUAAACCGAAUACGAAACUCGUGCAACAAGGUGUCAAUUCCAUGCCCUACAUGAACGCUGGCACGUGCACGACGACCGCGUUCAAUUACGCAUAUAACAACAUGUUUAAUACGACAAAAGGCAUGCGCAAUUCCACAGAUGUCAAACAGGAAGUGCUAAUUUUGACCGACGGACAGUCAAACUGUGUUGGCAAUGUAACUUCGGCGGCAUUGAAGCUUCAAGAAAAAGCAGAUGUUUUUGGGCUCAUGAUUGGAAUCAACACACAGUCAGGUAUGAAUGAACUUACCAACUACGUGUCUUAUCCGAAAAAUAAGCAUCUGUUCGCCAUUGAAGGAUUUCAAGCAUUGGAGGCCCUAGUCAACGAGAUCGAAAAGCAAGUGAAGAACGUCCCGUGUGUUGCGUUUGAUGUUUAAAUUUGCAGAUUAUAGGUGGUUAUGUCUAAACACUCGGGAUUAUACUGAUCUAUAGGACCUUUCAAAUGCAAACGGAGUAAGAACUUCCUCCUUAUAAAUUUCUCAUUAAGAAAGUGUGUGAACACAUCAUGUAUCCUAAGAUAGUGCGUGUGUCUGUGUGCACGUGUAUGAUUUUAAUUAAAUGUAUAGAUCGUGAUAAAA